AAUAACUUAACCUAAUAUUAAUGAAAAUUAAAUUGCUCGAUAAAUGAAGCAUUUUAAAGUGUUUUAAAUUAAAAUCAUGAAAAAAUCCAAUGAAAAUUAUUUGCAAUUAGUAAGAAAUGCUCUAUAUUCCAAGAAACAAGAGGUUUCAAAAAAUGAAGGUCGCCAAACGAUAGAUUCUAUGCAGGAAGGAAUAUCAAAAAAUGUUAUAGAUCCACAUUUUAGAAAUAAGAAAGGCAUUUUUAAAGCAAAAUCAAGGAUACAACGUCAUACGUCCCAUAAUAUUGAAGUAAAUCAUAUUAGUGAUUCAAAAAUUGUAAAUAAAACACUUAUUAAACGGAAAACUAAAAAUGGUUCAUCUAAAAUGCAACAGGAUCUUGGAAAACACAAACCUUUUUCUGUUAAAACGAUAAAUAAACCACAUAAUUUUUAUUUUACAUCCCAAGAAUCGAUGAAAUUAAGCCCUACAAAAACGGAAGUUACUGAGAAUUAUAAAGUAACUGAGAUUAAACUACCAAGUAAAAAACGAAAAACUGUAGAUGAUUCUUUUAUUACUACUAAUAAAAAGAUAUGUAAAGUCCAUGUUAAAAGUAACUUAAAGCAGAAAAGAAGGGAAGCACCAGAAUUAAUAUGGCAUGAAAUUCCAGUCAGUAAUAUUACCCCUGAUACAAUAACUAAUUAUUCUUUAAAUAACAUACAUAAUGACCAGAAAAUUGCAGUUAAAAAAGCAAGUAAAAGUAUAAAUUCUAUGAAAUCUUUGGAAUUAUCUAGUUCAUCCGUACAUGACUUUUAUGAUGAUGAAUGUGUAAGUGUGAAAGGAUUGAAAUUUAAUAAAUUUUCCACACAGUUUAGUUAUUCACCUAACGAAACUCAAAUCCAACAAUAUUUAAUGUUAGAUAUUCCUCAAAAACAUUUUAACAUAACUAAAGCUGAUGACUUUGAUGUAGAAUGUACAGUAGACAAUGAAAAGUUUAAUCAGAAUAGAGGUAAACGUAGAAAUCAAAACAAGAAUAUUAAGGAUUCAAAAUUUAAAAGACGAGAAAAGGUUAUAAUGAGUGAUUCAGUAGAUCUCUUAAAUGACAAUAGUUAUGUAAAUGAAUCCUUAAAUGUGGAAAAAAGUAUUCAGUAUGACAAUAUUGAUGAAAGAUAUGCUACUCAGAAUCUAGGUAAACAUAAAAAUCAAAACAAGAAAAUUAAGGAUACAAAAGUAAAAAGAUAUGAUAAUAGUUAUGCAAAUGAUUCUGAUAAUGUAGAAGAAAACAAUCAAUAUGCCAAUAAUGAAAAAUAUACUACCAAUAUUAUAUCUUCUGAGUCUCAAGAACCUCCUACCGAUUUUAUAAAACUUUUAGAUAAUAACAAGAUAAUCAUUUUAAAUCCAGGUUGUCAAACAUAUUUUCAUGGAUUAUGUACAAUCAAGGUAGUUAAUGGGGAGAUUGAUAUUUUUGGAAUGACACUAAAUAAACUUUCUGGAUCGAGAAAGGUCUAUUCCCCAAGGGGUUCAUCUCUACUGUUUAUUAGGAACAAAUAUAAUUUGUACACAGAGAAAAAUAUUGAACUAAACAAAUGUAUACAAGAAAAUUUGCUACCAGAAAGUCAUGCUUUUAAGGAAUAUAAUGAAAACAGUUCUAUUAUACUAUGUCAGGAAUUAAACGAACCUUAUAUUGAGUUUCUGGAACGUCACAUUUCACAAAGAAUAUUUACAGAAGACUUAUCAGGCCCUAGGAUUGAUUUUUCUUUUAAGGGAAUUUGGAAUAAACUGAAAAUUUCAGAUUAUUGGGAAGAGGUGAUUGAAGAUGUAACUGAGAAGUCAAAAAUAAUUGUUUCAGGCGGUAAAGGAGUAGGAAAAAGCACUUUUCUAAGAUAUAGUGUUAAUACAUUGUUACAAAAAUUUAGAAAAGUGAGAGUAAUAGAUUUGGACUCUGGACAGUCUGAAUUCACACCUCCAGGUACAAUUUCAGUUGUUACAGUACAAACAGACAUAUUAGGACCCAAUUAUACACAUCUUCAAAAGCCUGAAAAGAUGAUUAUGUGCCAUAUUAAUAUAGGGCAUGAUAUUGAGAAAUAUUUGUACUCUGUUGAUCAUAUAAUUAAAUUUUCUGAAAAAUUACAACCUUUGCCUACUAUAGUAAAUUUCCCAGGGUUUACAGCAGGAUUUGGCUUUGAUAUUGCUCUAAAUAUUAUAUGUCUUAUUGAGCCCAGUCUACUUAUAGAAAUUAAAAGUAAAACUACCUAUAAAAACUACAAAAUAAACUUAACAUCAGAGAAUGUGACAAAAUAUAUAGAUGAAAAUGAAAUUAUUUGCAAAGAUAUUAUUAACCCUCGAGUAAAACUUAAUUAUAAACAUGUUACGCUAGAAAGCUUAUCAGAAAACAAUGAUGCAUGGUCUUUGGAGGCUAGGCAAUGUAGAGAAAUAUGUAUACUUUCUUAUUUGGGGAAAAUGAUGCAACACAGCACUAAGUUUUUAAAUAGCCAUGAAAUUAACAUGUACUGCAUCAAUAUUUCAUCAUUGUCAAUUACAAAUACAGAGGGUGAAACCAUAUCACCUUUAGCUGUAAAUGCGAAUUUAGUUAUGUUAUGUUCGUUGUUAAAUUCCAACCCAGUAAUAUUCAAUGCAUAUGGAUAUGGGUUUGUGAGAGGGAUUGAUUUACAAAAUGAUACGUUAGUUUUAUUAACUCCAGAGUCAUUAGAUGAACUGGACAAUGUAAGUCACUUGAUUUUAAGUUCUGUGACUACACCUCCAUCAUUAUUAAUGUCAGUGAAUGAUGUGGGUUAUAUUCCUUAUAUUAAUGUAGGAGAUCCUAUUGAUUUUGGUCAGUUCACAAAAAGGUCAUAUUUGCCUGCUAGGAAAUAAUAAUUUUGUGAUAUUCUACAGAAAUAAAUGUCUCAUUUAUACAGAAAUUAUUUUAUUAUUAUAGUAGUUAUUUUUUAAACAUAUUCACAAGAACUUAUAAACAAAACAUAAAUAAUAAUAUAUUUGGUUUAAUAGACAAAAAUAACAUAAGUUAAAGCUUAUUCUGUACAAUUUAGAUACAAAAUACAUCGUUUUUUGUUAGGAAAAGUAUCUUAAAUAGGUAAUAUAAAUUAGAUACAACAAUAAAAAAACAGCUUUGUAUUAGUCAUAUAAUAAAAAUAUAAUACUAAAGGUUGGAUACCCAAAAAAUUUUGUUUACUGUUAAAGCUGUAUGAAUUAUGUUUUUUAUAUAAUAUUUUCUUAAUAGGUAUUUAGUAUCAAAUGUUACAUAAUUUAAAUAAAUAUAAAAGGAAAACUGGAAGAAAUUUACAAUCUAAAUAUUUUUGAGACACACUAUUUUUCUCAUAUUAUAAUUUGAUGUAAAAUGGCAGCAAUUUUUCAUUUAAUAUAUAGAAAACAUAUUAUAUUAAAAAAAUACUAAAUUCCAAAAUAUAAUCCAGAUACCAUAUUCAUUCACAAAGAAUCUAUUCCUAAUCCUGAACAUAUUACAACUUAAACUCAAACACAACCAAGACAGUUCACAGACGCGAUUAUUUUGUCUGCCUUCCAAC